UCUGUGCGAUAUAAAUACUGUAUCAUAUUCAUAUCCGUGUGUCAAAUUUCUUUCCUUCCUUAUCGGUGUCACUUUGUGAAGAUCACAAUGGGGCGCCGUCCAGCUAGAUGUUAUCGCUACUGUAAAAACAAGCCUUACCCGAAAUCGCGGUUUUGCCGUGGUGUCCCCGAUCCGAAAAUUCGUAUAUUCGACUUGGGUAAGAAGAAAGCUGCAGUUGAUGAUUUUCCCUUAUGUGUGCAUCUGGUCUCCGAUGAAUACGAACAGCUGAGUUCGGAAGCUUUGGAAGCAGGUCGUAUUUGCUGCAACAAGUACCUCGUGAAGAACUGUGGUAAAGAUCAGUUCCACAUUCGCAUAAGGCUGCACCCCUUCCACGUUAUCCGCAUUAACAAAAUGUUGUCGUGCGCUGGAGCCGAUAGGCUUCAGACGGGGAUGCGUGGUGCUUUCGGCAAACCGCAAGGUACGGUAGCGCGCGUUCACAUCGGACAGCCCAUCAUGUCGGUGCGUUCCAGCGACAGAUGGAAGGCGCAGGUCAUCGAGGCUCUGCGUCGUGCCAAGUUCAAGUUCCCUGGUCGUCAGAAGAUCUAUGUCUCCAAGAGAUGGGGCUUCACGAAAUACGACCGCGACGAAUUUGAGAAGCUGCGUGAAGAAGGGCGCCUCGCCAACGACGGUUGCAACGUCAGGUACCGCCCAGAGCACGGCCCUCUCGAUUCGUGGAGAAAAGUUCAAACUGAGAUACAUAACAUGUAAAAUCUGUGUAUUGAACAUUAAUAAAUAAUCAUAUUUUA